UUAAUUAACACAUGUCCUCACUUCCAUUGAGCGAGUACUCACAGCUCGUGCUCUCUGUUUGUUCGUGCGACUGCGAAAAAGCUCUCUAAAAUUUCACCCAAAAGGGAGCAAAGCAAAGCAGAAUCUAAGCUACUCUGCGUUUCAUUUAGAUGACGAUUUCUGACUUCAUGGAAGAAGUGGGGUGUAGUAGUGGUAAAGGGAAGAUAUCUAAUGGAUCAGCAAGGAUGGAUUUUGAUAUUGAUGAUCUUUUUGAAGUAGAUGAUGAUGAUUGGGACGAGGAAGAGGAUGAAGAUGAGGAUGAUAACCAUGAUAUGGUUUUAAUCAAAGAGUUGGGUGAAAGUUUCUUGAAAAACUUCUGUAAAAAGGCAUCAACUGGUUUUUUUGACAAGUAUGGUUUAAUCAGUCACCAGAUUAAUUCAUAUAAUGACUUCAUCAACUAUGGAAUCCAAAGGGUGUUUGACUCGGUUGGGGAGAUCCAUGUUGAGCCAGGUUAUGAUCCAUCAAAGAGAGGUGAUGGUGACUGGAAACAUGCUUCUGUGAAGUUUGGGAAAGUAACCCUUGAGCGGCCGAAGUUUUGGGCUGGGGAGAAGUUUUCUUCAGAUGGUGGAAAAGAGUACCUAGACUUGUGGCCACGGCAUGCUCGCCUCCAGAACAUGACCUAUUCUGCCAGGAUUAUGGUUGAGACUCAUGUUCAGGUGUAUACAAAAAAGCUAGUUAGAAGUGACAAGUUCAAAACUGGUGUAGACCGGUUUGUUGACAAGGAGUGUGAAGUGGAAGACAAAAGGGAUGUCUUGAUUGGGAGAAUCCCUGUGAUGGUUAACUCAGAAUUGUGCUGGAUGAAUGGUGUUGACAAGCCUGACUGUGAAUUUGAUCAUGGGGGAUACUUCAUUGUCAAAGGGGCUGAAAAGACCUUCAUUGCACAGGAGCAGCUUUGUUUAAAAAGACUCUGGGUGUCAAACAAUCCCACUUGGAUGGUUGGAUAUCGCCCAGGUGAAAAAAGGAAGAGAGUCUACAUCAAACUGACUGAGACCUUGAAGCUUGAGCACAUUAAGGGAGGAGAAAAAGCCCUCAGUGUAUACAUCCUCGCAGAAAUGCCAAUUUGGGUCUUGUUUUUUGCUCUAGGUGUAUCCUCUGAUAGGGAGGUUGUAAAUUUAAUUGAUGUGGAUAUUGAAGAUACUACUAUCGUCAAUAUACUAGUAGCUUCUAUCCAUGAGGCUGAUAAGAAUUGUGAGGAUUUCAGGAAGGGGAAAAAGGCUCUUGCUUAUGUUGAUAGACUUAUAAAGAAUUGUAAAUUUCCACCUCAAGAAUCUGUUGAGGAGUGCCUAAAAGCAUAUCUGUUCCCUAAUCUUAGUGGUUUCAAGCAGAAGGCUCGCUUCCUUGGCUAUAUGGUAAAAUGCCUUUUGCACUCUUUCAUUGGUCGCAGAAAGGUUGACAACAGAGAUGAUUUUCGAAACAAGAGAUUGGAGCUGGCUGGUGAGCUCCUUGAACGAGAGCUAAGGGCGCACAUUAAACAUGCCGAGAGGCGUAUGGUGAAGGCAAUGCAAAGAGAUCUUUAUGGAGAUCGACAAGUGCAGCCAAUUGAGCAUUACUUGGAUGCAUCAAUAAUUACCAAUGGUCUCUCCAGGGCUUUUUCCACUGGACAUUGGUGUCACCCUUACAAGAGAAUGGAGAGGGUUUCCGGUGUAGUUGCAACUCUUAGACGAACAAAUCCAUUGCAAAUGACUGCUGAUAUGAGGAAAACGCGUCAGCAGGUUACAUACACCGGGAAGGUUGGCGAUGCUAGAUACCCACAUCCUUCACACUGGGGAAAGCUAUGUUUUCUAUCUACCCCAGAUGGAGAAAAUUGUGGCCUGGUGAAAAAUUUGGCUAGUAUGGGUCUUGUCAGCACAAUUAUUUUGAAACCAUUUCUUGAGACAUUGUUCCGGUGUGGGAUGCAAAAGUUAGUAGACGAUAGUGCCACCUCACUCCACGGAAAGCAAAAGGUACUACUUGAUGGGGAGUGGGUUGGAAUAUGUGAAGAUUCUGCACUCUUCGUUUCAAAGCUAAGACGUAAGCGCCGCAGGAAUGAAGUGCCACACCAGGUUGAAGUUAAGAGAGAUGAGCUGCAGGGUGAAGUUCGCAUAUUUUCUGAUGCUGGAAGGAUUCUGCGCCCUCUUCUUGUUGUUUCAAAUCUAAAGAAAAUCAAAGCUUUGAAAGGGGGAGAUUAUGGUUUCCAAUCUCUUCUGGACAAUGGGAUUAUUGAGCUCAUAGGACCUGAAGAAGAAGAAGACUGUCGAACUGCAUGGGGAGUUGAAUACAUCUUAAAAGCAGAUAAAGAGAAUCCACCUGCUAAGUAUACUCAUUGUGAGUUGGACAUGUCAUUCCUGUUAGGCUUGAGCUGUGGUAUUAUCCCAUUUGCAAACCAUGAUCAUGCUAGGAGGGUCCUCUAUCAAUCUGAGAAACACUCUCAGCAGGCAAUUGGGUUUUCAACAGUGAAUCCAAACAAUAGAGUUGAUACAAAUACCCAUCAAUUGUAUUAUCCUCAGAGGCCACUUUUCCGGACAAUGUUGGCAGAUUCCCUUGGGAAACCAAAAUGUGCUCAGUACCAGAAAGGAAUGCUUCCACGACCUGAAUACUUCAAUGGGCAAUGUGCAAUUGUCGCAGUAAAUGUUCACCUUGGCUAUAACCAAGAAGAUUCAUUGGUUAUGAAUCGUGCUUCACUGGAGCGCGGAAUGUUUCGAUCUGAGCAUGUUAGGAGCUACAAGGCUGAGGUCGACAAUAAGGAAGCUAUGGCUAAGAAGCUAAAGGUUGAGGACUCUGUCAACUUUGGGAAAACCCAGAGUAAAAUUGGACGAGUGGACAGCCUAGAUGAUGAUGGUUUUCCAUUCAUUGGGGCAAAUCUCCAGAGUGGAGAUAUCAUAAUUGGGAAAUAUGCUGAAUCAGGGGCUGAUCACAGUGUCAAGCUGAAGCAUACGGAAAGGGGCAUGGUUCAGAAGGUUUUGCUCUCUGCUAAUGAUGAAGGGAAGAAUUUUGCUGUUGUAUCUCUCAGACAAGUUCGUUCUCCAUGUCUUGGAGACAAGUUCUCCAGCAUGCAUGGACAAAAGGGUGUCCUUGGAUUUCUGGAAUCUCAGGAAAACUUUCCUUUUACAGUUCAGGGGAUUGUUCCAGAUAUUGUAAUCAAUCCCCAUGCAUUUCCUUCAAGGCAAACCCCUGGUCAGCUGCUAGAAGCCUCUCUGGGGAAGGGCAUUGCCCUAGGUGGUGGUCAAAAAUAUGCCACUCCCUUCUCCACUUUAUCAGUUGAUGCCAUAAUGGAGCAGCUUCAUGCGCGAGGAUUCACGAGAUGGGGCAAUGAGAGAGUUUACAACGGCCGGACUGGUGAAAUGGUUCAUUCCCUGAUUUUCAUGGGCCCAACAUUCUACCAACGCCUCAUCCAUAUGGCUGAAGACAAGGUGAAAUUCCGUAACACUGGGCCUGUCCAUCCCCUUACUCGCCAACCUGUGGCAGACAGAAAACGCUUUGGUGGAAUUAAGUUUGGUGAGAUGGAGCGCGACUGUCUUAUAGCUCAUGGUGCUGCAGCAAAUCUGCAUGAACGCCUCUUCACACUGAGUGACUCCUCCCAGAUGCACAUCUGUGGUAAGUGCAAGAACAUGGCAAAUGUAAUCCAGAGAUCUGUGCAAGGUGGUAAGGUAAGGGGUCCAUUUUGCCGGUUCUGUGAAUCAGUUGAAGAUAUAGUGAAAGUUAAUGUGCCAUACGGUGCAAAGUUGUUGUGCCAGGAGCUCUUCAGCAUGGGCAUAUCUCUCAAGUUCGACACUGAGAUUUGCUAAUUCCUGAUUAAGCUUCAUCUCUGAGAUUAUACUGAUGAUGCUGACAUGUUGGUGAAGUUGUUGAUGGGAAAAAAAUCAUCUCUUGUAUCUGUACCUUGUUAGUUAUCAGGUUGUGUCUUAACACUGUUUUCUGUAGAUAUCUCUAGUGUUGAUGGGAAAAGAAACUCGUCUCUUUGAUUUAAACCUUGGUUAUCAGGUUUGAAAAAGUGUGUUCGUUUAGACAUUCUCUCUCUCUUUCUAGUGCGCGCGCACACAGAUAUACAUGCUGAAUUGUUGUUGUAGGGUUAAGUUUGCUCUUUUGCUGGGAAAACAUUGGCAGUUGA